UUUGCCAAUUAUUGAUCAGUUGCAAUCUCCACAGGAUAUUUAUCAUCCACCUUUUGCAAAUUUGCCAAAUGAACUUAUUUUUCUUGAGGGAAAUUCUACUUUGUAUAAAAUUUUAAAAGAGCGAAAAUGA